CUCGGGAAAUAAACGCCACACGCACACACGCGCGGCGCCCUCGCACGGAGAGCUGUGCCGGGGUUAUGAGACCGUCACCGCGCAGGAGAGGCUGAGCGACGGAGAGGCUCACCAUGACCAAGUCGUACAGCGAGAGCGGGCUGAUGGGCGAGCCCCAGCCGCAGGGCCCCCCGAGCUGGACGGACGAGUGCCUCAGCUCCCAGGACGAGGAGCACGAGGUGGACAAGAAGGAGGAGGACCUGGAGGGUCUGCACGCCGAGGCCGAGGAGGACUCCCUGCGGAACGGGGAGGAGGAGGACGAGGAGGACGACUUGGACGAAGAGGAGGAGGAAGAGGAGGAGGAGGAAGACGACGACCAGAAGCCCAAGAGGCGGGGCCCCAAGAAGAAGAAGAUGACCAAGGCGCGCAUGGAGCGCUUCAAGCUGCGGCGCAUGAAGGCCAACGCCCGGGAGCGCAACCGCAUGCACGGGCUGAACGCGGCCCUGGACAACCUGCGCAAGGUGGUGCCCUGCUACUCCAAGACGCAGAAGCUCUCCAAGAUCGAGACCCUGCGCCUGGCCAAGAACUACAUCUGGGCGCUCUCCGAGAUCCUUCGCUCGGGCAAGAGCCCGGACCUGGUGUCCUUCGUGCAGACCCUCUGCAAGGGCCUGUCGCAGCCCACCACCAACUUGGUGGCCGGCUGCCUGCAGCUCAACCCGCGGACAUUCCUCCCCGAGCAGAGCCAGGAGGUGCCCCCGCACGUGGCGGCGGCGGCGGCGGCGGCGGGCGCGCCCUUCCCGGCGCAUCCCUACCCCUACCAGUCGCCGGGCCUGCCCAGCCCGCCCUACGGCACCAUGGACAGCUCCCACCUCUUCCACCUCAAGCCGCCGCACGCCUACGGCGCCGCGCUGGAGCCCUUCUUCGAGAGCGGGCUGGCGGAGGGCGCCAGCCCCGCCUUCGACGGGCCGCUCAGCCCGCCCCUCAGCGUGAACGGCAACUUCUCCUUCAAGCACGAGCCGGCCGCCGACUUCGACAAGAGCUACGCCUUCUCCAUGCACUACCCCGCCGCCGCCGCCGCCGCGCUGGCCGCCGCGCCCGCCCACGCCGCCAUCUUCCCGCCCGCCGCCUCCCGCUGCGAGAUCCCGGUGGACGGGCUGGCGCCCUACGAGGGCCACCCGCACCACGAGCGCGUCCUCAGCGCCCAGCUCAACGCCAUCUUCCACGACUGACCCCCGCCGGCCGCAGGCAGGGCCGGGAGCCGCGCCCCGCCGCCCGCCACCGCCUUGUUUACCGCGGGCGGCCCGGCGGGUCCCGCCGCCGCCUCGGGCCCCGCUC